AUGCUUCGCGGUCCCCGCGGCCACCUCAGGGCCUCCGUAGUGCCGGCCGCGGCCCUGGCUGCGGCGCUGCUCUCGUCGUUCGCGCGCUGCUCGGUCGCCGAGGCCGGCGAGCGCGGGUCGUCGUCGUCGGCGGCGGCGGCGGCGCUCAGUUCCUACUUCGGCACGAAGACUCGGUACGAAGAUGUCAACCCCGGGCUGCUGGCCGACCCGGAGGCGCCGCAGCGGGACCCGCGGCUGCUGCAGGGCACGUGCACCCCGGUGCAGCUGAUCGCGCUCAUCCGCCACGGCACCCGCUACCCCACCGCCAAGCAGGUCCGCAAGCUCAGGCACCUGCACGAGCUGCUGCGGGCCCACGGGCCCGACGACCCCAGUGUGGCCGCCGCCGGGGGCGGCCGCAGCCUGGCCGCCGCGCUGGCCGACUGGCCGCUGUGGUACGCGGACUGGAUGGACGGGCAGCUGGUGGAGAAGGGGCGGCAGGACAUGCGACAGCUGGCCCUGAGGCUGGCCUCGCUCUUCCCGGACCUCUUCAGCCGGGAGAACUACGGCCGCCUGCGGCUGGUCACCAGCUCCAAGCACCGCUGUGUGGACAGCAGCGCCGCCUUCCUGCAAGGCCUGUGGCAGCACCACUACCCCGACUCGCCGCCGCCCAGCGUCGCAGAUAUGGAGUGUGGACCUCCAAGAAUUAAUGACAAACUAAUGAGGUUCUUUGAUCAUUGUGAGAGGUUUUUAACGGAAGUUGAAAGGAAUGCUACAGCUCUUUAUCAUGUUGAAGCCUUCAAGACCGGACCAGAAAUGCAGAACAUUUUAAAAAAAGUUGCAGCUAUUUUACAAGUACCAGUAAGCAAUUUAAGUGCAGAUUUAAUUCAGGUAGCUUUUUUCACCUGCUCAUUCGACCUGGCAAUUAAAGGUGUUAACUCUCCUUGGUGUGAUGUUUUUGACAUAGAUGAUGCAAAGGUAUUAGAAUAUUUAAAUGAUCUGAAACAAUAUUGGAAAAGAAGUUAUGGCUAUACCAUUAAUAGCCGAUCCAGUUGCACCUUGUUUCAGGAUAUCUUUCAGCAUUUGGACAGAGCAGUUGAACAGAAGCAAAGGUCUCAGCCAGUUUCUUCUCCAGUCAUCCUCCAGUUUGGUCAUGCAGAGACCCUUCUUCCUCUGCUUUCUCUCAUGGGCUACUUCAAAGACAAGGAGCCCCUCACAGCAUAUAAUUUUGAAAAACAAGCCCAUCGGGAGUUCCGAAGCGGCCACAUUGUACCUUAUGCCUCAAACCUCAUAUUUGUGCUUUAUCAUUGUGAAGACGCUAAGACUCCCAGAGAAGAAUUCCAAGUACAAAUGUUACUGAAUGAAAAAGUAUUGCCCUUGGUGCCCUCACAGGAAACUGUUUCUUUGUAUGAGGAUCUGAAGAGCCACUACCAGGACAUUCUUCAGAGCUGUCAAGACAGUGAGGAGUGUGAGCUGCCAAAGUGGAACAGCACAACGGAUGAGCUCUGAGCCGCCGGAGAGCCUUCUUAGCUCAGCGCUGCUUCCCCAUAGGGCGAUCGUGCCUGUAGUAGGCCGGUCACUUCUUGAUUAUAGAAAGAUUUCAAAUUACUUUGUAUUUUUGUGUUUUCACAGAAAAUACUGAAUUUCUUUUGGGGUCUGGACAUGAUAGGUAAAAAAUGAUUCUUCACUGGAGCAGCUCUUAUAAGGAAACAAAUACCUAUUCAAAGAAACAGUUGACAUUUAAAUGUUUUUCAAGAAUGAAAAUUUUCUAACACAUAAGAAGAAACCUUUCUAACAAAUAUAAGAAACUUCACAGAGCUAGAAUAUAAUUUGAAAGUGAUACUUGAAAAAUACUGGAUUAUCAAAUAUGUCAGGUGGAUGAUCUAUAAUUUGAUUUUGUGGGUCUUAAGAACAUUACCAUUCAUUCUAAAGUUCUUCCUCCUUCAGGUAAAACACUCCUAGUAUUGUCUUGCUCAGGCAGAAAUACCAUGAUUAACUAGGAGUGUGACUUCCAAAGAAAGUCUGAUAUAUCUAAGUGUGAAUUUGAUACAAUACUAAGAAACACACUAAUCUAAAAAGAAACCUGCAAGGAAAUAAGACAUUAUGUGUAAUGAAAUAUUUUUGUUAAUAUUAUUUAUAAAAUAUUUAAACUUUUUUUAGUAAUUUGCUUUAGCUUUCUAGUAAGUCUUGCAAGACCAUCUUAAAUUAUUAUCAGACCUAUUUUACAUAUAAGAACAAUGGAAGACAAGUCAAAUGGACAGACUCAAGUUUUUUCUGUCUGUUACCUCACUAUCUUUUCAUUUUUCUAUUUUGUUAUUACAUAAAGUAUACUUUUGGUUGUUUGAUUUUCUUUUUCAAUAAAGACUUUAUUCUGGCUGAUUUAGUUUUUUAGAUUUGAUAUUUCAAAGAAAUAGUUCUGAGUAAUGUCAAAUGCCAUGAGAGUAUUUGCUACAAUAAACAAAAUCUUGUGACUA